AUGGUUCGCAGUGAUUCAGAGGUUGCUAACAUUUGUGUGGUUCCUAAUGAAAUUGUUAUUCCUCUGGCUCCUAAUGUUGAUAUCACUAAACUCUUUUUUCCCGAGCCGGAUGGUGUUAUUCGGUUAAAAGUAAUUCAGGCGAAAGACCUAGAGAACAGGGACAUCACCUUUAUAAGAAAAGGAGCAAGCGACCCUUACUGUGAAAUUCAGGGCAAGUACUUCAAAAAAAUAAACACUUGUUUAAAUGAGGAUAUUGAGUUUGUCGUAGUUGGCUCGCAGUAUUUCAAAACACGAACUAUCAAUAAUGAUUUGAAUCCUGUGUGGAAUGAGUGCUUUGAAGCAGUGGUUGAUGAAGCUGAAGGCCAAAAAUUGCGUAUAGAAUUGUUUGAUAAAGACACGGCAUCUGCCGAUGAAGAAUUGGGACGUUUGAGUCUUCCUCUUGAUAUGGUUAAACAUGCCGGAACUGUCUCGGAAUGGUAUUCUCUUGAAGGCUGUUUGCAUGGUGAAAUUUCGUUGAAGCUAUUUAUUGACCGAAUGUUUUGUUUCAAGAUGUCAUGGUAUUAUCUGAGUAAGGACAUCAGAGACUUUCAUCAGCCGGAGACCGAAAGCAACUGGUCGCGGUCAGAUAAAAGACUUCAUUCAGGACUUCUUAUGGUUUUUGUUGAUAACGUUUCUGACCUUCCGUAUCCAAAAGCAAAGUUAGAACCAUCCCCAUUUAUCGAAGUUUCAAUUGGACAUGUUAAGCAGAGGACGCCCGUCAGAGAGAAGACCGUAAACCCAUUGUAUCAAAAGAAGUUUUGCUUUUUUAUUAGUGACCCAGAGGGUCAAGAGUUGAAAGUUGAGGCUUUUGAUGAUGGAACUAAACGUUCGUUGGGGCAUCUGGUGCUGCGGUUGAAGUCUCUCGUAUCUGAACCUGAUCUUGAACUCAACCAGCGGACAUUUUCCUUGUCACAAGGAGUGCAUCAAAGUCAGAUUGUACUGACAGUAAGAUUACGGGCUCUCAAAACUGCUAGGGCCGAUUUCCGCAAAACAAAUUCCAAUGAUAGCCCAUCAGGACCUUUAUACGGAAAUGUGGUUUAUAUCGAGCGAGCAGAAAAAUCAAACGGACAGUCAACGUGUGGCGUAGAAGACUUCCCGUCAAAAAAAAAUACAGGACUGAGUGAAGGAGGUGAAAAUGGUACAGGAGAAUUGUUAACUGAAAAACCGACGCAACUAAGACUUUGCGCUAACGAAGUCACGGUUCUCAGGAAGAACAGUCAAACUUCCCAGUCAAGCCUACAAAGUUUCAGAAAACGGCGGGGGAUCAGCGAAAAACUUUUUUCCUCUAGGCACGUUCGCUCGAAAACUGUUGAAAGCAGAGAGUAUGGCAAGAUUCAGAUUGGUCUUCGUUACCAAGAAGUUAGGGGCAAAUUAGUGUUGAUAGUCGAACGAGCGUCAGGACUGCUACCAAUUGACAGAGACGGAUCUGCAGACCCCUAUGUCUCAGCAAAAUUGUUUGAUCUAGUUAGCUCGCAACCUGUCCAAAAAAGAAGGACAAGUGUUGUAGAAAGGAGUCUUGAACCUCAUUUCGGCAACCGUUUUGAAUUUGACGUGCAUUCGAGUGAUAUUAGUAACUACAGGCUACAGUUGGAAGUUAAGGACGCUACUAACUAUGGCAUUUUUGCCAAGCCUCCGGUUUUGGGCAGUGUGGAAAUUCGGCUACAAUAUUUUGCCCCAUUUGAGGAGUUGACCAAUCACUGGGUGAAUUUGGAAAGUCCGUUGUCGAAGUAA